UCAAAGUGCCUACAAAUUUUCAAAAUAAUCAAUAAAUAUAGCAAUAAACGACAACGAUUUGUUUCAAAUUAACAUUGUUUAUUCUUUCACGUUUACAGCAAUACCCUUUUCCGAUGAUAUCUUUACGUUAGUCCCAACUGCUUUCUUUCCCUUUUCUUUAUUUUUUUUCCUCUCAAAGUUCAAACUCCCAAUAAUUCUUCCCAGCUUUCUUUCUUCUGAUUUCUGGGAUUGAAGAUUCAGAAUGGCGAAUUGGGCCUUGAUGAACUGUUGCCAGCACGAUCAAGUUGUCUUCUUAACCACUAUUGGAGUUUUCACCGUCGUUAUCCUCUUGCUCUGGAGAACAGUACUACUCACACCCUUUAAGCUCAUCACAGUGUUCUUGCAUGAAGCAAGUCAUGCUAUUGCUUGCAAACUCACGUGUGGUCAUGUGGAGGGAAUCCAAGUCCAUGCAAAUGAGGGUGGCGUCACACAAACGCGUGGUGGUGUAUACUGGUUGAUAUUACCUGCAGGAUAUCUUGGCUCAUCAUUCUGGGGAAUGACUUUGAUACUCGCAUCAACAAAUCUCCUCACUGCGAGAAUUGCUGCUGGUUGUUUAAUUGUUGCUCUAUUUGUGGUGCUCUGUAUUGCCAAAAACUGGACACUCCGUGGACUUUGUAUCGGAUUCAUCAUUUUCCUUGCUUUAAUUUGGGUUCUGCAAGAAAUGACAACAGUCCGUAUUCUCCGUUACGUUAUUCUCUUUAUAGGUGUGAUGAACAGCUUGUUUUCAGUAUAUGAUAUCUAUGAUGAUUUAAUAUCUCGAAGAGUCAACUCCAGUGAUGCUGAGAAGUUUGCUGAAAUUUGUCCUUGUUGCAAUGGAGUUGGAUGGGGAGUCAUAUGGGGAAUGAUAUCAUUUACAUUUCUUUGUGGAUCAAUGUAUUUGGGACUUGUCAUCUUAUCAUGAGGAUUAGAGUCUUGGGUCCAAACUCAUCUUGGGGUUGCAGAGAGCUCAUAUAUCUGUGUUUCAUUCCAAAUUUUGUAGCCUGAUUCAAUUGAUACUAAAAAAUAUUUAUGCCUUCAUUCUUUUAACCCUUUUUAUUGAGGGUUACAUGUGAUUAUUUUCAUAAUUUUUUAUAGGAGCUUUUUAUUUUACUCAUAUAUAUCUAUUCUUGUAGAGGCUGGAGAGUGAUUUAAACAAUUGACAUGAACUGCUUAAUUCAAUGUGUAUUCAUAUAUUUUCAUGGAUU